GCAAAAGUACUUCAUUUUGUUCUUGUAAAGUUACAAUCUGUUAUAAAUUAAUCAAGUUAAAAUGAAGUUAUUAAUAAUAUUGGUCGUAAUAUUUAGCUAUAGUUAUGCGGCAAAUGUGAACACAACGGUUCGUCUGAAUAGCGGGUAUGACUGCCCGAUCGUAGGCUUAGGAACGGGUGGAUACAGAAGUGGUGGUCCGCCACAGGAUAAGGUUGUCAUUCAGAUGGUUCACGACGCCACUGAUGUCGGCUACAAACACAUUGAUACGGCCAGCGCCUACCUCAACGAGAAAGCCGUUGGACAGGCA